GAGCAGCAGGUGGUUGUGCCCCAGCCCGGCGGGGCCUGGAGAUUCAGAGCAUCGCCGCGGGGAGCGUAGCGCGGUGCUCCCCAGUCCGGCCCAGCCGCGUGCUGUCAGAUUACAGCUUCCCUCAUGAUGGCUGUGGGUGGCGCAGUACUGGGCUCCCUACAAUUCGGCUACAACACUGGAGUCAUCAAUGCCCCACAGAAGGUGAUAGAGGAAUUUUAUAAUAUUACCUGGCUGAAACGAUAUAGUGAACCCAUAUCACCCACCACACUGACCACUUUGUGGUCCCUCUCUGUGGCCAUCUUCUCCGUCGGUGGUAUGAUUGGCUCCUUCUCUGUGGGUCUCUUUGUCAAUCGUUUUGGAAGGCGGAACUCCAUGCUAAUGAUGAACAGCCUGGCCUUUCUUGCGGCUGUGCUCAUGGGCUUCUCCAAAAUGGCCAUGUCCUUUGAGAUGCUGAUCUUGGGCCGCUUCAUUAUUGGCUUGUACUGCGGUCUCACCACAGGCUUUGUGCCCAUGUACGUGGGCGAAGUGUCACCCACGUCCCUACGUGGAGCCUUGGGCACCCUUCACCAGCUAGGCAUUGUCAUUGGCAUCCUCAUCGCCCAGGUGUUUGGCCUGGAUUCCAUCAUGGGUAAUGAAGAACUGUGGCCCCUUCUCUUGGGUUUCAUCUUCAUCCCAGCUCUGAUCCAGUGUGCCCUGCUGCCCUUCUGUCCCGAGAGCCCUCGAUUCCUGCUCAUCAACCGCAAUGAAGAGAACAAGGCCAAAAGCGUCCUGAAGAAGCUCCGGGGAACCACUGAUGUGAGCAGCGACCUUCAGGAGAUGAAGGAGGAAAGCCGGCAGAUGAUGCGUGAGAAGAAGGUGACCAUCCUGGAGUUGUUCCGCUCACCCAUGUAUCGGCAGCCGGUCCUCAUCGCUGUGGUGCUCCAGCUGUCCCAGCAGCUGUCCGGGAUCAAUGCUGUCUUCUAUUACUCCACCAGCAUCUUUGAGAAGUCUGGAGUGCAACAGCCAGUCUAUGCCACCAUUGGUUCUGGUGUGGUCAAUACUGCAUUCACUGUUGUGUCGCUGUUUGUGGUAGAGCGAGCUGGACGGCGGACUUUGCACCUCAUCGGCCUGGCGGGCAUGGCAGGCUGUGCCGUGCUCAUGACGAUUGCCCUGGCCCUGCUGGACCAGCUUCCCUGGAUGUCCUACAUAAGCAUCGUGGCUAUCUUUGGCUUUGUGGCUUUCUUUGAGAUCGGCCCUGGCCCCAUCCCAUGGUUCAUCGUUGCUGAGCUCUUCAGCCAGGGCCCUCGCCCCGCUGCCUUUGCCGUGGCAGGCCUGUCAAACUGGUCCUCCAACUUUAUUGUGGGAAUGUGCUUCCAGUAUGUAGAGCAACUGUGCGGCCCCUACGUCUUCAUCAUCUUCACUGUGCUGCUCAUCCUCUUCUUCAUCUUCACCUACUUCAAAGUCCCUGAGACAAGGGGCCGGACCUUUGAUGAAAUUGCCUCUGGCUUCCGGCAAGGGGGAGCUAGCCAGAGUGACAAGACACCUGAUGAAUUCCACAGCCUGGGAGCCGACUCCCAAGUGUGAGGAGCUCAUGGCCAACGGCUGUCCCUUGGCCACGGGCUUGCCUGCUGGACCUCCUGAGCCCUGGGACUCUUCUCUCCUCCCCACCCCUCUCUGGCCCUCCCCAGCCUCAGCAUCCUGGACAAGAACAGAUUGCUGGGGCUCCUCCUCUUCCUGUGCCCCCCUGUCCCUGGAUCUCCAAGCCAGCGGCACUGACUGGCCAAGGACAAGCUGGAACUGGAGCUCUCUCCUUCAUAUUGUGCACAGGAGGAAAAAAGUCAAAACAUUUUUUUUAAACUUUUAAAUUUUUUUAAAAAACAUUAAAUCAGCCCGAGUCUCCCCACCCCAGCUGGGUCACUAUGGGGCACAUGAACCUGAGUGUCUGGCAGUGGGGUGGAGGAGACCUCAGACCUUUGCCUUUCUUAUCCACUACACUAAUCUAUAGGGCUGGACCUGCUACCAAGGACAGACACACUAACCUGGCAUGAGUUCCCACUUCCCUGCUGCGGCCUUCCAAGCAGGCCCUCUGCUCCCCUGGCCUGGGCUAUUUUGCCUACUGGCCUCCACCCCGAGAAGAACCUCUGUCCAGGGGGUGGCUGGACACACUUUGGGAGGAGAGGAACAUGGGCUCUGAGGCUGCCAUCUUGCCCCCAGCAGUCCCCAGCCCAGGAGCUGGUUGCCAAACAGAACCUUGGAAGGAAGAGGGGUGAUAGAUAUACAGAACUAGCUGCCUGAGGGUGGUGACGGUGAUGCGAGGGUCACUUCCCCAGACACGGAUAUUUCUGGCCCACUGUGUAUAGAUCAGAAGAUAUUUAUAUAUAUUAUAUAUAUAUUUUGUUUGUGAUGUUAAUAGCAGUAAGUUAUAGCAUAUCUGACGGACAGGACAUCGUGUAAAUACCUGCAAAUUCAUUCCCCAGUAUCUGAAGCUGAAAGGUGCACUUAUAAAGCCUGAUUUCUACAUUGGCUGGCUGUCCGUCCAUCAGUCCGGCGACAUGCAUGAAACUUUGCUUUUCGCAAGAGAAACUGUCCUUUGUUCCCUACCACUUGGGCCUCUCGCUCCAGCGACUCUGGCUCUAGAAAACCAGGUCUGCCAUCUGGAGUUCAGCGGGCCUGGGUACAAAUCCCCACACAUCAGCUUACUACUUGGGUGAUGUUGGGCAGAUCCCUUCAUUUCUCUGGGCCUCAGCAUCCUCAUUUGUAAGAUGAGGUUGAAUCUGAGGUACCUUCUUGCUAGAUCCUAUAUGGUCCUUCCAACUCAAUCUAGCAUUCUACGAAAAUCCUUCACAUACCUAGAGGGGAACAGCAGAAUGUGGAGAAGCCUUCUAAUCCAAGUCAGAAUCUGAACAGGCACCAUACUGCCUCAUUCUCUGUUCAACUGGCUGUGGGAUUGGGAGCCAAAAUAAGGAGAAGGGGGGGGGUCCUAAGUUCGUAGAUUUUAAUUUUAAUAAUUAUGGACAAGACCUGGUCAAGGUUGAUCUCCAAGAAUGCUGGAUAGAGCACUGCUCAGAAAGGGACCUACAUCUCUUUCAGCUUAAAGCUACAGGAUCCUCUGAACCUCUCCAUUCCUUAGUUCAAAUCUGUCAUUCAUAAAUGAGAUUCAAAGGCCCAGGAAAAGGAAAGGAUGUGCCCAAGAUCACAGAAGUAAUCAAAUGGCCAGGACGGAAUUUGAAUCUGGGGCUUUUGACCCCAAAUCCAUCCCCUUUCCCAAUGGACUCUGGUGUUCACCUGUUGCUAUCCCUGGUCUGAUCUACCCUCCACUGGGAUCUGCCUGAACCAUGCCCUUGAGCAUUUGGGCAGACUUGGCUGUGCCCCUUUCCAUCCAACCUAAAUAGGCCAAGUCUUCUGUUCCUAUUCUGACACAGGAUAAAUGUGUAAGGGGGUGGGGCAGUAGUAGGAAAUGGGAGAUGGGUGGUGGGGGUGAGUGCAAAAUGGUAAUACUGUUGCCUUGGGUAUACACGUGUAUCACCCUACAGGACAGAGACAGGGUUGCUAUGAGCAUUGGCAAUCUCUUAACUCCUAUUUUAUGAUGUGCAAAAGUGCUUUCCUUCAAACAGUCCUCUGGAGUAGAUAACAGAGAAGUCUAAGGCCUUUGAAAGGCAGAAGUGACUUGAAUCCAGCCCAAACCAGAAAGGAAAGCUCACAGACAUCCCAUCCAAUUUUUUUUUUUUUUUUUUUUUUGCGGAGCAAUGAGGGUUAAGUGACUUGCCCAGUGUGGAGUGUCUCACCGGAUUUGAACUCAGGUCCUCCUGAAUCCAGGGCCUGUGCUUGCCACCUAGCUGCCCCAUCCCAUCCAAUUUCAAGUCCAGAAAAGCUCAUAGGACUGACAAGGUCCUCAGAUGCCAUCUAGCCCCCAAACCUGCAUUUUACAAAUGAGGAAACUGAGGCGCAGGCAGGCUAUGUGCCCCCCAAAUCAAUUGGUGAUAAAAUCAGAGUUGGCUGUUGCCCUCCACUACCUGCAGCCUCAUAGAGUGCAGGCAUUAAGGAAGUGAAAGGGUCCUUUUGAAGCUGAGGCUCAAAGAGAAAGAACAUGAUCCGGUUCUCCCCAGGGAUCCUCCCACAAUCAUGACCAGGUUUAUGGCUCCCUUUCUUUGCAAUUCUCAUAGCCUUUAGAGGGAGGUCCAUCCUAUAGGUGGCACAAAAGCAGCUGGAAGUGCUGUGCAGAGAGCACUGGGCUCGGGAGUCUGGAAGACCCGAAUUCAAAUCUUGUCUCGGACCCUUAGUCAAGUCGCUUAACUGUCUGCCUCAGUUUGUUCAUUUUGGAUAAUGGGGCUAAUCAGAGCACAGCUCAGGGUCCUUGAGAGGAUCAAAGGAGAAGUAAAGCGCUUUGCAGACCUUUAAGUGCUAUGGAAAUUCAGCUCGAGUUACUAUGAAAGGAGCUGGGGUUUGCACCCUAAGGUCUCCUUGUCACCCAACCCCCUACCCAGGACCUGGAAUGUUUUCUAGUGGGAGACCUCAGUUUAUCAUCUGGCCAGGUCCACUAACCACGUGGAGCCGGAAAUGGCCCUAUCCCUCCCUACAACACUUACACUAGAGGGAUCCAGCGCCGCGCAAGCGCAGGAAAUGUGGAGACUUCGUUUCCCAAGAGGCAUGUCACUUCCGUUUUUGGGUUCCAUCCCCCCCGCCUCCAUGAAACGUAAGAGAAGUAGCCAACUUGUUACUUCUUGAACAGAAACUUGAUUAUGUAUCCGUGUACACGAUUCCUUGCGCAUGCGCAUAGAGCCAGGGCGCGGGUGUAGAGAUCCCUCCCAUCAGUCCCGUUGAUCACCAGAUCCCACUCAUGCGCAGAUAGAGCCAGGACGCGGGAGGCAAGAUCUUCCCAAUUCUGCCCAUCAGCCCUCACGCGUGUACGGAGAAACAUCUCUCCACCAAUCCCUACUCAACGUUUCGUGACCACCUGAUGAAUUCCGGCGGUUCCCGCAGCUGUUACCGCCCUCAGCCUUUUGGGAGUUGUAGUAUGUCUGGAAUAGAGCAGGAAGGCUUCUGGGACAUGUAGUCUGGUCGAGGUUGGAUCGCCUUAGGGGUGAUGUCAACGGAUCUAGUGGGAAGCUGCCAAGGGUGAAUCUGUGAACUUGCCCUGUUGUGUGGAAGCUUCCACGAGCGACUCCUUCACGAUAAUACGAGUCACUACAGCAGCUCGCAUUUCUAUGAUGCUUAAAGCUUUAGGAAGCAAUUUCCUCCCAAUAGAUGGGAAGCAAUGCAAAGUUUUAUUAUACCCCUUUCAUAGAUAAGGAAAAUGAGGCUCAGAGGAUAACUGAUUUGCCACCGAUAAGGCAGCGUGGUGGAAUUGAGAAGGGUUGGGUUUGGAGCCAAAAGAUCUGCGUUUGAACCCCACUUCGGCCCCUUAUGCCUGUGAAAAUGAGAAAUCACAAUAUCUCUGGGCUUCAAUUCCCUUCAAUGAAGGGAGUUAGAAUCUAAGGUCCUUCCCAACGCUAACCCCAUGAGCCUAUGGAAAAGGCAUUUUUUGGAAAAUGGUGUCCAUGUGUAUGACUGUCCACAGAAGGCCCUUGGCUCUCCCUCAAAUUUUCCUGGAGCACUUGGCUCUCUACUUUGCCUACUUCCCACCUUCCACCUCUAAUCACUCCUUAUUUUGUAUUUACUUCUUGUGUGUAUAUCAUGUAUCCCGUUAAAAUAUGAAAUCCCCUACCCCUAAUCAUUACUCACUACUUUGUAUUUACUUUGUGUGUAUGUUAUAUAUCCUGGUAAAAUAUGAAAUGCAUAUGGGCAGGGGA